CGGCGCGCCGCUGAGCAAUGGCGGAGCGCGCGGGGGCAGCGCCGGCCUGGCAUCAGCCGCGCCUCCCUCUGACCUCACCGGCUGCGGCCCGCUAGUCCGCCCGGCCCCGUCCGAGCGGCCGCCGCUCCCGGCGGCGAAGUUCCGGCCCAGCCAUGGCGGCCGCGCCCGCCGCCGCAGAGCCGCCGGUGAAGCCGCUGCAGGGCGCCAUGAAGCUGGCCAGAGGCGCCCUAGAGUUGGACGCCGGCGACCGGCCGCGGGAAGCCUACGUGGAGUAUCUAAAGAGCAUCAGCUACAUCGCCCAGGUCCUCCUGGAAGAGGCUGCAGCCGUGACUGGGGAUGAAAACGAUGUGGCGCCCGACACUCCCAAGAUGCUCAAAGUAGCGGAGCAGUGCCUGGAAAGAGCCAAGAGCAGCGUUUCUAAAAUAGGAAAAGCAGAGGCCAAGCCGGUGGUGGAGAAGGCGGCGGGCCCUGCGCCUGUUUCCCGGCACCGCAGAGUCUCCUCGGAUGAAGGCAGGAAGCUGUCGCCUUUCCUGCCUCCCGAGAUGUUCCAAAAGCUGCAGAUCACUCAAGUGCAGAGUCCCAGGAGCAGGGAGCUCAGCCCCCUGGAGGAGGCGUCACUGCAAAACCAGAAGCUGAGAGCUACGUACGAGGCCCGGCUGGCCCGGCUGAACCCCAGCCAAGCGGUGCAGAAGACCUCUCUGACUCUCUCUCUGCAACGUCAGAUGAUGGAGAAUUUGGUGAUCGCAAAAGCCCGGGAAGAGGCCCUCCAGAGGAAGAUGGAGGAGCAUCGGCUGCGGCUGCAGGAAGCCACCAACAGGAGGUUCUCCAGCAAUGCAGUGCUGACCCCAGAAGAGCAGGAGCAGCGGGCCAUCUACGCCGCUGUCCUGGAAUAUGAGCAGGACCACGACUGGCCAAGGCUGUGGAAGGCCCAGCUGAAGGAGCAUCCCAGCGAUCUGUCCUUGGUGCCAAAGCUGCUCUCACAGCUGCUCAGCUUUGCAGAUCAUCCCAUCUGCCAGCUGCUGAAGAAGCUGCAGUGCUCGGUCUACGGUCGUGUGUAUCCUCUCGUCAGCCAAAGCAGCGCCAAUGUCUCCCGCGGCUGGUCCCUCUCCUCCUCGCUGGACGCAGAGGCCUUCCCGCCUUCGGCCACCGAGGGACGGAGGUUGCGCUUGUCCCAGAGCCUGCACUCCAUGUUUUCUGUCCAGGAACACAACAAGCUGAACCUCCGUCAUAGCAUCUCUGGCACCCCCUUCAUUGAGGACCAGAGCCUGCUGCUUCCCCCACAGGAAGAACACGCGUCCCCCCGGUUGGCAGACCGGGAGAGCUCCUUUGAAGACCUGGAGCAAUUCUUGUCAGCCUCUGAAGCCCGGCCAGCGGGGCCCCUGCAAGAUCCCCUGGCUGGGAAGAAGGCCUCCCAACAAGAGGCCCUCAAGGCAAUAGUGAAGGACAUCCACAACUCCAUCGACCGACUGCUGUCCCUGGUGCUGCUGGCUUUUGAAGGCCUCAACACUGCGGCUGCCAAGGAUCACUGCCUGGCGCAGCUGGAGGAAGCCUUCUUCGGCCCACUCUGGGGGCCCCUCUUGGCUGUGUACAGGAUUGUCUACAGAGCCCAGGAAGCGGCUCUUUUCAGGAGCAUGGAGCUGCAUCGGAAGAGCUCUCCGACAGAAAUGGGCAUCCCCUCCAAGCUGCUUCCCCAGGGCAGGCUGCCCAAGGGAGAAGGGCCUCCCCCUUACUGGGCGGCCGUGCAGGAGCUGUUGCUCCUGCCUCUCAGCAGCUGCCCGCAGAGGAAGCUGGAGUGCAUCGUGCGGACCUUGCGAGUCAUCUGUGAAUGUGCCGAGGAAUACUGUGGGAGCCGGCUCCAGCCUGCAUCUGCUGCUAUCGGGGCAGACGACCUCUUGCCCAUCCUCUCCUUUGUGGUCCUCAAGAGCAACCUGCCCCAGCUGGUCUCGGAGUGUGCUGCUCUGGAAGAGUUCACCCACGAAGGGUACCUGAUUGGGGAGGAAGGAUACUGCCUGACCUCCCUGCAGAGCGCCCUCUCCUACGUGCAGACCCUGCAGGGGCCAGCCCUCCAGAGUAGCAGAGCCCCAGAGGGGGGGACGAGGGACUGCCCCUCCUGCAGCUCCUCACCCGGGGUCACUCCUGCCUCGCUGCUCCCCAGGGAUGCUCUUCAAAGAGGGCUGAAGAAGGGAGACUGACCACUCCAACCAGGCACCGCUCCCCAGUGCUGUCCAGCACGGCUUGGGUGUCAACCCAGCAUCGCCUGGCAUGUGCGCUGCCCUGCAGGUCUGGUGGCGCUGGGGCAGGGCUGGCUUGUGUCCCGGCGGGGUGUCGCCAGGUGCUUGGCUGCCUCCGUUGUGACAGCUGAGCCUGCCCUUGCUUCUCUGCCAGCGAGCAUGAAAAGAGAGGGGUGGGCUGCCUCCCAUUCCCCGCCACUGCACCAACUGUUGCUGCUGCAGCACCGCCCCCCCAUCAGCUGCAAGGCGAGCGGCCUCCCGUCUGCUCGGUGGCGCCUCCCUCGGGGGGGGUUGCCAGAGGCAGAGAUGGGGGCCCGCUGACAGGGUGUCUCCUGCCUCCCCCUGCCCCGCAUGGCCCCUCCAUGCACGGCAGCUGCUUCAACUCUGUGGGCCUGUGGCAGAGUGGACGUGCUUCUGCACACCGCAGGACCGCACGGCCGCUUCCUCCGUGCCUCGACGGGAGCCGCUGUUGGGAGGGAGGUGGGCGUGCGCACUUGCACCAGGGAAGAGGAGGAGCCUGGCUGCUGGUCCUGCCCCCACCCCCAGUCCUGGUCAGUUUAGGUUUUCGAGUUCCUCUGUGAUAACCCAGGAGCAGCCACAUCUGAGGAGGAGUGAACUCUCCUUGAGGGACUGCGCCAUCCACUGAUAGGGAGGAGAGUUUGAGGGCCAGGAGGGGGGAAGCAGAUUGCAGAGAGCGGACUUGCAGCAGGGAUUCGCACAAGCCUCGGGCUGCUCUCAAGCUGGGGUGGAACCAAACAGCAGCCAUGCAAGGUGGGUGGGUGGGGAAGGAAGACGGGGGGUCCCUCCUCCGGUGGAGGGCAGCAGCUGGGGAUUCUGACAGUCCGGAGAGGUCUCCCCUUUGUUGGGUCACAGGAAGUGGGGGCCCCAUUGCAUCUAUGGGCACUCAGCACCAGUUUUCCUUCUGAGUGGUGCCCCCUAACGUCCCUGCCCAACCUUCUGCUGACUUUGGAGCCAGAAUCGCUCCUUCCUGCCUUCCGUCCUGACUGGCUUCGCUCCUGGAAGCUGUUUGGUAAUAAACCUCAUCUCUUCCCUGCUCA